ACCGGGAGGAGCUGAGUGGGGCUGUUGUGAAUUCGCACAGCCAAGAAAUCUCCAGUGGGAGUUGUCGGACCGAUUUGUUGUGAAUUUUGUCCGUCGUUUCUCACCGACUACCGACGCAGCCCAUCCGCAGCCAUGCCCGGGAUAGAGAAGCUGCCGAUAGAGGAAACCCUGGAGGACAGUCCGCAGACGCGCUCUCUGCUGGGGGUGUUUGAGGAGGACACUGCAGCCAUCUCCAACUACUGCACACAGCUGUAUCAGGCCAUGCAGAGGAUUUAUGAUGCACAGAACGAGCUGAGUGCUGCGACACACCUGACCUCCAGACUGCUGAAAGAGUACGACAAACAGCGUUUUCCACUAGGGGGCGACGAUGAGGUGAUGAGCUCCACCCUACAGCAGUUUGCAAAAGUCAUUGAUGAGCUGAGUUCCUGUCACGCUGUCUUGUCCACCCAGCUUGCAGAUGCCAUGAUGUUUCCCAUCACUCAGUUUAAAGAGAGAGACCUGAAGGAGAUCCUCACUCUGAAAGAAGUCUUCCAAAUAGCCAGUGAUGAUCACGACACAGCCAUCAACAGAUACAGCCGCCUCUCCAAAAGGAGAGACAACGACAAGUUGCGGGCGGAGGCUGUGGAGGACGUCUACACCUCCCGCAAGAAACAGCACCAGACCAUGAUGCACUACUUCUGCUCACUCAACACACUACAGUACAAGAAGAAGACUGCUCUGCUGGAGCCACUGCUGGGCUACAUGCAGGCUCAGAUCAGUUUCUUUAAACUGGGUUCAGAAAAUCUCACCCAGCAGUGGGAGGAGUUCCUGGGAACCAUAGGAACCAGUGUCCAGAAUGUACGUCGGGAGAUGGAGGAGGAGGUUGGACAGAUGCAGCAAAGCAUCCAGGAGAUGGAGAGAUCAUGUGACCCGCUGUACGCACCCUGUGACCCCGACCCCGCCCACUCACCUGUCUGCCGCAACCUGACCAGGAAACAGGGAUACCUGUACAUCCGCAAUAAGACGGGGCUGGUGUCGUCGUCCUGGGAGCGCCAGUACUUCUUCACGCAGGGCGGUAAUCUGAUGCAGCAGGGCAGAGGCGAGGUGGCAGGCGGGCUGGUCACGGACCUCGACAACUGCUCCGUCAUGGCCGUCGACUGUGACGACCGGCGCUUCUGCUUCCAGGUCACUUCCUUCGAUGGCAAGAAAGUGGUGACGCUGCAGUCAGAGAGCAGGAAGGACUGCGAAGAGUGGAUUUCCACCAUCAACAACAUCUCUAAAAGGAUCUACCUGAGUGAGAACGCAGAGGAGCUGGCUGCCAGAGUGAACCAGUCAGCUCUUGAAGCCGUGACACCGUCCCCGUCCUUCCAGCAGAGACACGAGAGCAUGAGACCCAGCAGUAAAGGGCGUGUGGGCAGAGCGAGCAGUAUUAGCUCUGUGGGCUCAGAACCAUCACCUGCCCUUUCUGUGCUCUCAUUGGAUGCACUGGUUGCCCCGGACACACCCAUCCAGUUUGACAUCAUUUCCCCCGUCAGCGAGGAAAACUCAGGACAGAGCAAGACGGCAGCACAGUCCGGCAGAAGAAGUAAUCCAUUUGGAGAGUCAGGAGACAGCACAUCAGAAGACAGUGAAGACUCGAUCCUCCACCAGCUCUUUAUCGUUCGCUUCCUGGGCUCCAUGGAGGUGAGGGCUGCCGAGUCAGCAGACGUCAUCUCUGAGACCAUGAGGCAGAUCCUGGCGGCCCGAGCCAUCCACAACAUCUUCAGGAUGACCGAAUCACACCUGCUGGUCACCUGUGACUGCCUCAAGCUCAUUGAUCCUCAGACACAAGUCACUCGACUCAGGUUCCCUCUGUCCAGUGUGGUUCAGUGUUCAUCCCAUCAGGACAACAAGAGGCUGUUUGGUUUCGUUUUGCAGUCGGCAAGCGAGCGGGGAGACAGCCGAGCCGUCUGCUACAUCUUCGAGUCCAACAACGACGGAGAGAAGAUCUGUGACAGCAUCGGUCUGGCCAAGCAGAUAGCCUUCCACUCCGAGAUGGACCGGAAGGCGGUGGAGAAGAGGAAGGAGCAGGACAAGGCCAAAGAGAAACAGCAGGAAGAACUCAGCAAACAGAGACAGAUAGAGAAGGACCUGGAGGAGCAGAGCCGUUUGAUCGCCGCCUCGAGUCGCCCCGCUAACCCGCCCGGCUCUGACGGACAAUUCCUAGUGCUUAGCAACAGCCAAUCGGAGGACAGCGACGCCGGGGAGGAGGGGAAGAAGAGGGGCGAGUCUGAAGCCUAACAAAGCUGAUGGAGGAUGCAUGUUUUUACCACCCAGGCAAGUCUCAGCCGGUACUGUCAAAGCAACAGCGUGAGAAUUAGAGGAGGGGAACAACACCCACCCGUCUAGGUUGUUUGGGACUGAAAAACAUGCGCUCCCUCCCUGCUGGACUCUGUUUGAAGUUUUGUUGUGAAGCCUGUCGCUCUGAAAACGGAGGAUAAACUAAACGCACCCUCACUAUAAGAGGAGGAGGCGAGCAGGCGUGGAAACGUCUCGGCACAGACUUGAGUUUUAUUCUGUGUGUAAAAAAAAAAAAAAAAACGCUGCUUUUUAUACCGGCUCCACAGAUUUAGAUUAACCUGUAAGUUUCUGUUUUUUUAUGUUUAUUUUAUAAAAAAAAAAAAAAAAAGAAGAGCUAACAGCAAUGACAGAGGAUUUAAAGCAAAGCAUGUCCAGAAUAAUGAAACAGAUCUGAAGGAGACAAGAGGAGAAGUUGACCACUAGGAGAUCCUGAAGAGCAGCGGGACACCUCAGUGUGGUUGGGAGAGAAAAAGUGUGAGACACAAUAUUUUAAAACAAAAGAGAGGGAGAGAGCAUAGAGUCUUAUUUUGAAGAGUUCUUCCUGUUGUGAUGUGUUCAUCGACUGUCCGUUUUUCAAAGCAUCCUGCAACCUUUUUUUUUUUUUAUCUUUAUCUUUAUCCUUCCUCACAAGUAGUCGCUGGUUUUCACUCAUUUCACUGCAGAAUGAAAAUCCACUCGCAAAGUCUUAAAAACUCAGCGAUCAGUCGAUCAAUUGAUUAGUCGAUGGUCAAAAGAAUUCCUGUUCGAUUAAUCAUCGUAUAGGUUGUUUUAAAUUAAAUUGGCAAAUGUGUCUCUAUUUGUCUAUUAAUUGAAAAUACGAUCAGCGGAUCAACAGAAUAUAAAAAUAAUUGUUGGUUGCAGCCCUAUUGAUGUCAUUAUUGGCUGAUUUAUUGAUGAGACUGAUCGGAAAAGUCUUGCGUUGUCUCAUCAGAACUCAAGCAAAGUCUCUGCGAGCUGAUUUUCAUAGUUUACAAAGAUGAACUGAAAGCAGCGGCUGCGUGGAUUCAGAGCUCUACAUCGUGUGGUCACGCGUCCUCCGAUUAACUGGGAGAAUAUCUUUGUUGUCAAAAACCUCUCGUAUUACUACCUGGUCAGGUUGGGGAAAUGUUUUUUAUCAGACUUAUUGACGAUAUACUGUUGGCGGUAACUGUUGCCACGGAUACUGUAAACACAGUUAUCUGCUGUUUUAAAAUACUUACGUUUUUCUUUUAUCGAAGUAGCUAUGAAUGAAGUAAUUAACAUAAUGACUUCGAAUGAACUCUCAAUUACUCAAUUAUUUCAAAAUUAUGUUUUAAAAACAAUGCUGAUUUGUAAAAUUGGGAUUUAAACUACAAAUGUUAUAAUGCAGGGACUCUGUAAAGCCCAAAUCAAGUCACUCAUCCACACAAAAACAUGUUUUCCCCCAUAGUAUCUCAUAUGAAAAGGAGGAGCCCCAAUAAUAAAACAUUACAGAUAUUAUAUUACAGUUUGUUCCAAUAAAAGAAAAACAUAGAUUAAAAUCCUAAAUUGUGGUGGGAUGUGGAAAAAAAAUCUUUUAAUGCCAAUAUUAACUUUUUUAAGUUCCACAAUAACUUAGUUUUUCUGUAUUUGUUGACGUAAUUGUAGAAAAACAGCCAACAUAUCAUUAAUGCCAGUCUGUAUGCAGUGUGCGUUCGUGUGUCGUGUCAAGACCAAAACCACCGCCACAGGAGACCCUAAAGGUUUCAUUUGAAGAUUGUAAUUCCAAAAUAAGACGUCUGCAACUUCCGCCUCUUACUAAACGAACAGUUAACGCUCUCCCUUCUCGGUCCGUCUGGGAUGUGAAACACUGGUCUGACAUUCGGGAAUAUCGGAGGUCCGUCAACACGAGCACAAAUCUGAUCCAACGAUCUCAGUUUUACCACAUUUGUUUAAAAACGAAUAUAAAAAAAAGCUCUAAUAAGGUACAUUUUAUUAAUUCAGUAAACUCUGAAGACAUUUAACAUGUGUAACGUCUUGAUGCAUGUUUCAUAAAAACAGACUCCAAAUACUCAGCUGAGUGUCAGAAUAUUUAUCUGCUUUCACAAACGUUUAGCUGAAUCGUUGUUUUGGGGGCUUUUUUUUUUCACAGGUUUUUAUUCAUUAAUCCGCCUUCAUCCAUUCAUUCACAGUGAUUAUCUGUAGGACAACAUCUGAAUAAGCUUCAGUUACAACAUCAUGGACAUUAAAUGUAGGGAUGUUAAAGGUCAGAGGUCACAGCAGCCUGACAACAAACAAACCUCUUCAGUCGGGCUGCGAAGAUGUUUCUGAAAAGCCUAAAAUCAACAGUUACUGAUUUUAUUUUUCUUUGGGAGGAUGUUUUCUCGCUGUAACCAGGUGAAGGAGCUGCACUUUACUGACGCAGGAGAACACGACGGGGAUCGAUGAUGUUGAACUGUAAAUAUGUUUCAGUGAUAAUUGUUUCAGUGUCAUGAAUAAUAAUUAAAAAAAAGGCUUUUCAGUGAUAAAUAAAAGCACUAACUCCA